AUGACCGACCAAGCCCCAGAGCUCAAGAGCGAUGGCCAACUUGACCAUAGCAAAAUCCACUGGUUUCGAAGCACGAUAUUCCAGAUCUUCGUUGUCGGAGGCGUGUUCUUUUGUGCCCCGGGCAUGUACAAUGCUCUCAGCUCGCUAGGUGCUGGAGGUCUCGCAACGCCUUGGUAUGCAAAUGCGACAGCUGCAGCUGGUUACGUGUUUAUGGCCGUUCUUUGCAUAACUGGGGGGAUUAUCGUGUCCAAAAUCGGCGUCAACGCCUCCUUACUCAUUGCCAGCACGGGUGAUAUCAUAUAUGCCGGCAGUCUCUAUCUCAACUCGAAGAAUGGGACUCAAUGGUUCUUGAUGCUCGGCUCGAUUAUCUCUGGCUGUACCGACGGUCUCAUGUAUGCGGUAGAAGGGCCUAUCAUCACCUCUUACCCCGAGCCCGACCGAAGAGGCCGCAUGCUCGGACUCUGGGUCUUCAUGAGAAAUGCCGCCCCGGUUAUUGGCGGCGCUAUAAUUUUCGGACUCAACAACAAGAUCGAUUCUGCUGGGGCAGUGUCUCUCCAAACUUACCUGGUCAUCAUCGGAAUCAUGUGUGCCGGUCCGUUCAUCGCGCUUCUUCUCUCGCAUCCAGAGAAGGUCCAGCGAAAAGACGGCGUCAAAAUUGUCUUCCGCCAGAUGGGUUGGGCGCAAACGCUUGCUGAAUGGUGGAAGGUUGUUUGUUCGCGCGAUAUCCUCCUUCUAUGCCCGCUUUUCUUUACUUCUUGGUUCUACGGCUCUUACAUCGGAACAUUGCAAACCCAGUACAUGAAUGUGCGGACACGGGCUCUCUGUGCUUUCGUCAUACCCUUCGGAGAUAUUGCUGGAGGGUUCAUGAUUGGGUACUUCCUCGACAACAAACGUCUGACAGUCAAACAACGGGCGCGAUUGAGCUUCAUCGGUCUUAUGGUCUUGAACCUUGCAUUAUGGAUCUGGACCGCCGUCGUCACCAAACAGCUCCAGGACAAGAAACCCGUCAUCGACUGGAGUUCAGGCAGCAUCUUCGCAAGCACCUUCGUCCUGUUCAUCCUCUUCGACCUCGCGACAAUGGCAACUCAAACGAGUCUGUACUGGAUCAUUGGACAGAUGUCUGACGACUUCAUCGCGCUCUCAUACAUGACGGGGACCUUGCGGGGGAGUUGA